AUGCCUGUCAACCUGAUCAACAACUCGUCGACGGUGCAGCUCGAGCUGCCCAAGUCCAAGGCUUCGGCCGAGGUGCGCCUGUUUGGUGCCACCGUCACCUCGUGGAAGGCAGCCGGCGGCAGCGAGCGCCUCUUCCUUUCAUCGGCGGCCGCCCUCGAUGGCUCGGCCGCCAUUCGCGGUGGCGUCCCCAUCGUGUUCCCGGUCUUUGGCUCGCCGAAAGAUCAUGCCGAUGCUCCCAAACUCAUCACCAAGCUCGGCAAGCACGGCUUUGCGCGCGAUCACGAGUGGGCCAUCUCAACGCACGUCCCGCGCAUCGACGAGGCAGACAAGGUCGCCGUCACACUCGAGCUCAACACGGACUCGAAGCCCGAGAUCAAGGCGGUCUGGCCUUUCUCGACUGUGCUGCGAUACACGGUGACGCUGGCUCCGAACACGCUCCACUGUGCCUUCUCGGUGCACUACCUCGAUUCGUCCAACGGCGCAGAGAUGCCCUUCCACGCGCUGCUCCACAACUAUCUGCUGGUGCCCGACGCUACCAAGGCCUCGAUUCAGGGCCUCAACGGGCUCUACUACAUUGACAAGGUCAAGGGCGGCGAGGAAGCUCGUGUGGAUACCGACGACUUUACGCUCGAUGCGCAGCCGAUCGACCGCGUCCACGUUGGCAGGCACAAGGUUGCUCCAGCGGGCGAGCCGACGCGCGAUAUCAAACUCGUGUACAACGCUAGCCUGCUGCAGGACCCUCUGGGGCGCAUGGGCAAGGGCGUCGAACUGACGCGGUCGGCGACGAUUGCCGAUACUGUGGUGUGGAACUGCGCCGAGGAGGGCAACAAGGGUAUCGCCGAUCUCGAGCAGGGAGGUUGGAAGAAGUACGUCUGCGUCGAGCCUGGUGCGGUACACGGCUUCCAGACGCUCGCCAAGGGCAGCACAUGGGUUGCUGAACAGACGCUCACUGCCUGGUAG